ACAACCUGAGUGUCUUCCUUCACUGUGUGGGACAGUAAGUUGUUGAGCUUCACAACACCACACAACCUGAGUGUCUUCCUUCACUGUGUGGGACAAUGAAGUCAACGACGAUGUGUGUACUGGUGGUGAUGCUAGUGGGAAGCAUCAUGGGGAAGUUGUCUCCACCUGAGAGGUCCUAUAAGAUCCUCAUGCUCCUUCCAGUCUCCUCCAGGAGUCACAGGAAUGUCUUCACUCCUCUCGCUGAGGCUCUGGCCGACCGUGGACACAAGAUAGUGAUGUUGACCAACCAACCGAAGUCGUCCAAACAUCCUAACAUUGAAGAUAUUCCUCACGACCUUCCAUACUACAGGGAGGAAAAUAUUAACUUUUUCGACAACAGGAAGAACCACAGUAGAGCCUUGUUAAUGUUAGAGACUCUUCUGCCAGCUGUUGCUAGGGAGUUGUACAAAGUCCCCGUGGUGAAGGACCUUUAUAAAAGAAGGAAGGAGUUUGAUGUUAUGGUGAUUGAUCAAGUGUUCAACGAGGUUGCAUAUCCCUUCCUGCACGAAGUUCCCUUCAUUACCGUUUCAACGUCAGGGAUGGAACCACGCAUGAGCUCGGUUCUGGGCAACGUUCCUAACCCAGCCUACGUUCCUCAUUUCUUGCAGGACCACCCAAGACCCUUGAGCAUCUGGCAUCGCUUCUACAAUACUUUCUCACACAUUAGACAUGCGCUUUACUGGCGGAAAUGGACCAUUUUGCCACUGAUACAAAAAGCUAUCUCAGCUCAGUUCCCGGAGCUGCCACUGUUGUUGGACCUGGAGAGGAACGUGAGUUUAUCGCUGCUCAACAGUCACUUUUCUAUAAACGCACCACUGCCUCUCCUGCCCUCACAGGUGGAGGUGGGCGCCAUGCACUGUCGUCCUGCCAACCCUCUGCCUCAGGAAUUGGAAUCAUGGAUCACAGGAUCAAGAUCUGGCGUAAUUUACUUCAGUUUGGGAUCGUUUGUGCGCAGUUCGUCAAUGCCAGUCCAGUACCGCGACCUCUUCAUCCAGGCUUUCCGCAGGCUGCCACAGCGAGUCAUCUGGAAAUACGAAGGAGAACUGGAGGACGUCCCUGACAACGUGAUGAUCAGCAAGUGGCUUCCCCAGCAAGAUAUUCUUGCUCACAACAACGUGAAGGUGUUCAUCACACACGGUGGUCUCCUCAGUAUGCAAGAAGCCAUCUACCACGCCACGCCACUCCUCGCUCUACCUAUCUUCGGUGACCAGCCCAGGAACAGCAUGUUUAUUAAGAACUCUGGACUUGGAGACUUUUUGAUAUGGGAAGAACUUACUACGGACAUGAUCGUUAACGCUCUCACCAAAAUUCUUAACGAACCUAAGUAUAAGGAAAACGUGCUGAGGAUGUCAGUGCCGCUGCGGGAUCAGCCUGUAUCACCCACGGAGCUGGCAGUGUUCUGGACGGAGUACGUCAUCCGUCACAAAGGUGCUCCUCAGCUGAGGUCACCAGCGGCACAGCUCUCCUGGGUGGAGUUCCUCAUGCUGGACGUGAUCUUCCUCCUCCACCUGGCUGUGAUUGUCCUUUUAUUUAUUCUACGUCGCAUCUUCCGAGUCAUCACUGCUAAAAUCUUAGGUAGUAGUGGCAAAAUGAAGGAGAAAAAUGAUUAGCAUUGCCUUUCUUGUAGGCAAGAGUAGAUUGUGGUGUAAGUUAUUCUGUUUUCAGCUUUUCACUUAUACUUUUACCUUUUACUAAUCUGUCACUGGUUAUGCCAGAGUGCCGAUAAGUAUCAACUAAUAUCCAGGAUGACUCGAGUAUGGAACACAUUCGUACAGCAUAAUGAUGUCAACGAAAUAAAGUCAGUUGAUCAAAUGAAAAUGCUGGCCCACAGAUGGCUCCAACUACAUCCUGUUCCCUACUUGUGUGUCUCAUAACAAUAAAAAUGCUUUCAAAUGAGUUAAUGUAGGUAACAGCUCUUAGCUUGUCAAUAAAGUUAGGAAUCCUUAACCUGUAAAUAGCUUGUCAAUAAAGCCAUGGAUCCUUAACCUUGUCAAACCCUGUGUAAAAAAAAAAAAAAAAAAAAAAUCCAUACAUGUUUACCUUAUCUUUUUUUAGAUAAUGAAUAGUUAAUUAGAUUUAAAUCCUGACGACCACAGAUAAUAAAGGUGCAUAUUACUUUUUCAUUGCUUGCCAAUAAAUCAUUUAUCUUUAAGAAAUUGGUUAAAUUAAAUUAUCAGAGCAAAUAUAAUGAGAAAUAUAUACUUUUCAGUGGAUGUAUCUUGCUGAUUUAAUUGCUUCUCAUUUAUUUCCUAAACAUACAUUUAUUUUCACUUCAAAUUAUAUUUUCCGACAAUUAAACCUUUUCUUAUAUUACGAAUUAAUUGUCAUGUAAGAGUUUACAUUUUCCUCAAAAAACUUUCAUUUUCUGAUUACUUUAUGAACACUUUCUUGUUAUCAGUGAAAAUUGCAGAGUGGCAAUAGUUCGGGUGUUACCUGCAUCUAUCAUCUGUGUUACCUCUGAGUGGAUGUUUUCUUGAGUUAGUACUGCCCAGUAUUUGAAUACUAAGUUUGUUAUAGUGUUUAAUUUAGUUAAGGAUGAGAGUCUAACAGUAUCUGUGGCUAACCUGGGAACCUUAACAGAAGGGAGCAGUGUUCAGAAUGAAAAAUUUUGUUAAUAGUCCGAUUUCAUUGAUUUUUUAUUAUAAGUUAAGAAUAUGGUAACUAGUAUAUACAUGAAUUUUCAAGAAGUUUACCAUGAAAAAAAGAAAAGGAAAAAAUAAAAUAAAAAUUUUUGAUAUGGCACUCAAUGGUAAAAUUCCUGCCAAAGAAUGUUCUAUUUUAGUUUACAUGAAGAAUUGCAGGUUAAAUAAGAAACAUAGAUAAAGAACUGAA